GCUUCCGCUGUGGCGCCGCCCGGCGCUCGGGCUGCGCGCUUCCCGCCUCGGCGUGUGACCGCGGCCAUGGCGGCGGCGGCGGAGGGAGCCGGGCCGGGGGGCGGCGGCGGCGGCGCGGGGGCGGCGGAGGAGCCCGUGGUGUCCCUGGCGGAGGUGCUGGCGGAGAACGAGGAGCUGGAGAAGGAGGCGCGGGCCGUGCUGGGCGGCAGCGACCACGAGCGGUGCAGCUACUCCCAGGGCGCGGUGAAGCGCCAGGCGCUGUACGCCUGCAGCACCUGCACGCCGCCCGGCGCCGAGCCCGCCGGCAUCUGCCUGGCGUGCAGCUACGAGUGCCACGGCUCCCACCGCCUCCUCGAGCUCUACACCAAGAGGAACUUCCGCUGUGACUGUGGAAACAGCAAGUUCAAAAACCUGCAGUGCAAGUUGCUCCCGGAAAAGGGCAAAGUGAAUUCAGGAAAUAAGUACAAUGACAAUUUCUACGGCUUGUACUGUACUUGCAAAAGACCUUACCCUGAUCCUGAAGAUGAGAUCCCAGAUGAAAUGAUCCAGUGCAUAGUGUGUGAAGACUGGUUCCACGGAAGGCAUCUCGGUGCGGUGCCCCCUGACAGCGGAGACUUCCAUGAAAUGGUGUGUCAAGCCUGCAUGAACCACUGCCAGUUCCUGUGGGCCUAUGCUUCACAGUUUGCAGUUCCUCCUUUGACCAAAGCGAACUCUCUUGAAGAUGAAGGGAUUGUCCUGAACGUUGAGGAAACUGAAGAGCAGAAGAAAGAAGUAAAAAAAGAAAGCAGACCAGAACACCAAGAAAUAAAGGAGGAAAACCAAACGGAGCAGAUUAACGAACCAUCCACUAGCUCUGGGUCUGCUUGUCCAGAGGUAGGUGUUAAGAGUGAAGAAUCAGGCUGCAAGCUGAAAGAACUCCAAAGCAAGCAGGUUUUAAAAAAAGAUACUGCCACCUUUUGGCCAUCCAACUGGAGAAGCAAAUUAUGCACCUGUGAAGACUGUUUGAAAAUGUAUGCAGAGCUCGAAGUCCAGUUCCUGACAGAUGAAUGUGACACUGUCUUGGCUUAUGAAAACAAAGGCACCAGCGAUCAAGAAACAGACAGAAGAGACCCUUUAAUGGACACCCUUAACAGCAUGAACAGAGUCCAGCAAGUAGAACUCAUCUGUGAAUACAACGACCUGAAGACAGAACUGACUGACUAUCUCAGGAGAUUUGCAGAUGAGGGAACGGUUGUUAAAAGAGAAGACAUUCAGCACUUCUUUGAAGAAUUUCAGUCACGGAAAAGACGACGGACUAAUAGGAUGCAGUACUACUGUAGUUAGAAGGUUUGAGGCUGAAAGGACAACUGGAAAACAGUGUGACAGAAGAGAGACAUUUUUAGUACUUGGCUUCUCAUCAAAAUCCAACUAUUCAAGAAACUGCCUCCACCUUCAUUUUGUCUCAUUUCCUUUCCUUGUAGCGCGUAAUGUGUUUUUAACAGGUACAUUGCAUUUGUAUGGAUUUCAUCAUUGAUGUUCUUUGAAAGCUGGCCUCAUCUCAAGGAGGAGGAUUGCUUGUUGAAAGAACAUUGUGCCACUGUUUAUUCCUCUUCUUUGACGUAUUUUACUUUUAGCGCCUAUAGCUCUACAGCAUCCUAGAACACGGGCACUGUACACAGUCUGUGUUUUUUCAAGACUGAUGUGCAUUGCUUUCCUGCUCCAAAAGGCUCUGUAUCAUCUCUUCUGGUUGUGGUGAUUCUAGCAGAUGCUCCUUGUGCAAAAUAAGCUUCUGUUUACUACCCACAGGGAGGCACGUCUCCUUAUAAAGUAAAGCAGGCCCGAGUUACCACGUCUGCUGGUUUUGAUCAUGGUUGGUGUAACUGCAUUCUGGAACCGGUUCAGAUCAUGUGAACUAAGUAGCACUGUACUUCUGCAUGUUAAAUGCUGUGGAGGUACUCCCUAAGCAGGUGAAAAGUGAGGAAUCAUGGGUCAGUUUUGAUGCAGCAGAAUGUUGUAUCCAUUUUUAUAAACUCAGAAUCUCGUUUCUAAUACUGUACAGUGAUGUUUUACAACGUGUCACAGCUUUUAUCUGCUCACUAGAACAUAAACUAUUGAGGAAGAGGUACUAGAUGACAAAAUAAGCAGUAGGGGGGUGUUGUCAGAGCGCUUCUAACAGGCUUUGAUUUUAAAAGCUCUGCUACAUUAGGAUUGUUCCUGGAGACACUGCGGCAUCCUGCUGUUUUGUACGGUCCAAGGGGGAUGAUCUUUUUGUAAUCACUGUGAUAAAUCAAGGAACAGGAGAUGUUUCACCGACUUUUUAAGAAUUUAGGUAACUGCAACUAAGUUGAGCUUUUUCAUAAGUUAACUUAUUUUGAGACUAACGUAGGGCUUUUUUGUUUUCUGUACUCACAAAACCAAAAUCCUGCUUUAGGAAAGCUCUCAUUUCUAACUCCCGCUUUCUGUAAUUGGAAGACUUGUUUGGGGUACUAUUCUGCUUCCUCACUAAUGAGACUUUUUAGAAGAAUAUCAGACAUUUAUCAUGUGCCCUAUUGUUUUUGACCCUUUCAUUUACAUAAGCUAGUUCUAACAAAGGCUCAGUUAAUGAGUACUUUUUCAUGCAAAAUGAUAGUUGCUUUUAAAUUUAACUCUGAGUAUCGUAUGUGCUUUUUUGUAGCAACUGUUACAGGACUUGUAACUGCAUAUCUAAUUAAAAUAUGUAAAAAUUAAGUAA